AUGGGGCCCGAGCGAGUCGUGGCUUUGGCGCUGCUGUGCGCUGCGCUGGCGCAGGGGGCCGUGCCGGCCACGCCCCCCUCGGCGCCCUUCGAGAGAAAGCUCUGGUGGAUGGACGCUAAAGUACGCGUUGCUCCCAGUAGAAAAAUCGAGAGGCUCUCGACUCUGGCACGGAAUGCUAAAGUUCUCUACAAGAAGCAACCUUGCGAGCAGGAUCUCACGUCCAUGCUGUGGACAAACGAAGUUUCUAUGUACUUGAAUGGAUCUCUCGAGAUGCAGCUAGACAGUACGGCAGCGGGACCAACCCAGAAAUUAGUUCUGCCGCCGGAGGACUACUGCGUGGACAGGACGACAGUGGCUGGGAAGCUUCACCUCGCCUUCCUGGCCUGCCCGUGCAAACGCGUGGUGUGCGUCCGCAAGUGCUGCGAUAACAAGCGAAUGCUCACCGUUUCAGAAGCUGUCGCUGUGGAGCAAGACGUUCACUGCGCCGCCAGACUUCCCCAAAGCGUCACGUGGCACGCACCGUUCACAGCGCUUACUGCUCGGUCAGAGCGUAGACAUGAGAACGUGACCUAUGCCCGCCUACGAGGGCCGUUUUCUAAAAAUUGUCCAUCAGGCCGGAUGAAUGUAAUGAUCGAAAUGAGUCCAACCACAGCAAGAACGAUUUUGCCUGCUUUCAAGUUAGACCAGUUAUUAUUAGCCUAG